AUGAAGAGAUUCAACCAAAAAUCAUGUUCUUCAUGGGAAGAUUAUCAAGAAGAGGCUGCCUUUGCUAAAGACGCGAUUCGUGGGGUCCAAGGAAGAUCAAUAUGGCCUCAAAGAUCAUAUUCAUGUAGUUUUUGUAAGAGGGAGUUUAGGUCAGCUCAAGCUCUUGGAGGUCACAUGAAUGUUCAUAGAAGAGAUAGGGCUUUACUCAAACAAGUCACUUCCUCCCAUAAUAAUAUUGAUGAUCAUGUGAUCAUCAACCGGCCUUCGAAAUCAACGCUUCCCAUUAAUCCAUCUCAGGUUUGUAGCCCUAAGACUAGUGUAACACAUCUUUCUUUAUCUAGGGUUUCUUCAAAUUCUGUUAUUAAUGGGGUUAAGAAAGUAAUUAGUAGCCAUAAUGAUGUCGUCGUUCAAGCUAAAAUGUCCAUGGGGUUGGAUUUAGCUAUAGGGACAUACCGAAAAGAAGAGGAUUAUUAUUAUUCUCAAGGAGAGUGUUUGAAGUAUAAUAAGAGGUUUAAGAAAAAUGGUGAUUAUAAAGUUGUUUUGUUUCCAUUCUUUGAAGAGAAUAGGUGUUCCAAUGUUAAGGAUAAUAUCGGUUUACAAGUACCGGAAAAUUCAAGUCUUAAAGCUGGUAAAUCUAUGGAGGAGUUGGAUCUGGAGCUAAGACUUGGUGAUCCACUUCAUAAAAUCAAGUAG